AUGCUGCGGUGCAUCCUGGCCUACCGCGCCAACCUACACUCCUUUCCUUCGCUCAAUCCCUUCAUGGUACGUUUUGUUUGCCACCUGCAUCCCUCAUCUGAAUUAAGCAUGUGAAGUGGUGUUUCUCUAAUGAAACAAUCUCGCUGGCACCUGGAUCGUCUCAUGGACUAUCUGCCGAUUGUACAGGCCACGGUUAAAACGAUACUGUAACCCGCACACCGACACCAAAAGGGUUUUAGCGAUUAUUUGACGUACGGAUCACGAUGCAAACCUAUGCGUUGGCAGAAAAGUACAAAUGCCCAGUAUCCUGAAUAGGAAAACAUUGAAAUUCAGAGCCUCGUUUCCAGACUUUGUGUGCGUUGACGUCCCCAGCAGUUCGGUGUUAGUGUACGGCCACGGGCGAACCUCUUAUUAACUUCCCGACUUGCUUACUGAGCCAUACUAGAGCAAGUACGCGAGUUGCACACUGGAUGUUGAAGUAAAUAACUAGAACCUUAUGCGCAACGAUUCCGCCGACUAUCAGGCGAUUGUUUGAACAAUUUUCUGAGAGUUGCAAUGGCUUCUACGACUCUUCUUGAGUUUAAGUUUUGCAAAAUUAUUUUCUGGCGAUAUUUCCAGUCACUGAGGGACCCAGAAUAUGCCAUUAGGAAAUUCGGGUAAGUACGAAAUACUAAUAUAAGUGUAUUCUUAGGCAACCGGCUACUACAACAAGGCAAGCAGUUCUCACAUGCUUCGGAUAAGGUUCAUAAAAUUAUUGACAGAAUCACGGCAACAUCCUUUAAACUGGACGAAAACCAUGGCUCUAUGCCGACUGAAAAGUUGGAGGCGGCAGGAAUUUCCAAGGAGAAUUGCUUACAGAACUUCUGUAGGCAAGGUCUUCGUUCUCAAAAAAGUUGGUUUGGUUACUAAUCCCUAAAGUAUAUGCUAUAGCACUAAAACAAGCACUGAUCCUCUGUGCACAGUUUGCGCGACUACUGAGAAAACGAGUUAUAUAAUAGCUACGAAGAACUUAUGUUCGGGCAAAUUAUGUUGGGAGUGCCUACACUCCCAAAAACAAGAGCCAGCCAGUUAGUGGAAGCCACGUGCCUUUUCUCUUCCGCGCUGUCAGCAUAAUCGAUAUGCCUCUCUGUUAGCUGCUAUCCUCGAGCCUUAUCGGUCCAUGUUUUCGAACUAUCGACCAACUCGUCCAUAAUGUUCUUUCCGAAAUUAAGCACUUGGAAGUGUUCACGGAAAAUGUGACGACAUCGUGUAAGAGAUUCUCGCCGAAUCAGAUGUUUGGCCAUGUCACACAAAUCGGCUUAGACAUACGGACGUGCCAUGUACAGACUCGAAUCUACCUUUUAAACGGCUAUUGGACACGUCCGAUUCGUAAAAACCAGGGCAAGGACUCACAGUUCCAGCGUUAAGACAAUCUCACUAGUUGCGUAGACGAUCCGACCGAACGCAAACGCACUGUUGAAAGUGUACAUGUGACCACACAUAUCAUUUAACUCAAAAGGGAGAAGUACUGGGACGACGUGUGAGCCGACAGUUCCUACGCUGAGCGCGCUAAGGUUGCGCCAAGCCAGGUUUACCCUAGUAGUUAAAUGAAAUCGGAGUCCGGUCCACAUACUAGCCCUAAAAAACACCAUCGCAUUCAUCGAAUUUCAUUCAGGAUUUUAAAAUUAUCGCAUGUCAUUUUUCGCAUAUGUACGCAGGUGAAAUAGACCAAUGCACUCUUUGUUUGGCCUUUGUUAUUCAGUUCUAAUCCGGGGUUCGAUCGAGGAGAUUUGUCAAACGGGUGGUAAGUAAGGAGGGCGGCAAAUUCACAAAAAGGAUACGGGACGUCAUCCUGUCGCACAGUUGUUUUAUGAUUUGCGUAAGCCACGCAUGAUGCGGGAUUUCGGCAAGAUUUUUCAAAGUUAAAAACCUUUGUCAAAUAGGCAAAGAUUAUGUAAAGGUUUGUCCUCAUUCUUCGGCACUUUUCUUGCCGUUGAGUGACCACGAGGAUCGUAUCUGUGACCCUGCUCUGUUUUUGGACUUCGAACUAUGUUUCUAGAGGGAGCUCCUGCUCCAGAUUCACGUUCUGACGAUUUGAUAAUUGACGGGAAAGGAUUUUUUUCUGUGGCUGUCAAAGAGUUGUCGGUUCCCAAUGCAUUCGUAGAUAUGCACAAUAGUGACGUCUCUGGGGUCUUGGGGGCUGUAUUGUGGUCGUCAUAACUUCUACAGCAACGAAACAAUCUUUUCCGUCAGUUGUUCACUGUUCAUGUAGACAUCGACUGGAAUUGCGUAUUCUCCAGGUAUUUUUUUCACUAAAUAAUCAAUUUGCUUGCUUCAAAGGGGGAAGGCAGAGGAUAGGGAGUGGUCAGUAGUGCUCCCUUUGGCUUCUUUGCAUAUUGUCUCUGGGUGAUUAAGAGUGGCCUGGACGUUCGUGGGCCACCGCUCCGGAAUUUGUAACCUCUGCGUCGGGGGAGUGUUAACCUUGGUACAGCCGCUGUCCAGUUUCUCCAGCUCGUUGACUGCAGACCAUUUUUUUGGCAAAGGCAUUCUGAACCUCACUCCUAUAUCUGAAUCCACUGGGCUUUGAGAAUCAGUCGGUCGUUCAGCAUCUACGUCAGCUUUUCUCAUGCGAACGGUCGGCGUCUAAAGCACGCUUUUUUGCGUUUUUACUGCUGACGAUGUAGGUCGGACGUAGCCUAUGUCUUCUGGUAACGGUGCGCGAAAUAUUGUGAUAUUGUCGUCAAAACGAUCCUAAUGCAAACGUUGUGCGUGGCCGAGGAUUUUAAUCGCGAUAGUCUGGAUGAUAUUCCGCAACCCCUUAACUGUCUUUCGACACGGGCGUGCACUGCUAAGAUAUGCUCUGCUUCCGAGUUGGAGUUCAUGUAGCUACUAGAAUUCGGUAGAUUCCGGCUCUAUCGAGUAAUACAGUAUUUAACCGACUUGAUGUGGACUUGCAGUGGCAUGUGUGGCAGCAGUUUAAGUCUAAUUUCAGAGAUGACGGGACGACAAUUUGUCCAGCAGCUAGCGCCACGAAGCUCCCUAGCCGCGACCGCGUUACGCAAGCUGCCGAAGCAGGAUUUAGUCCGGAAGAUUUCAAUAGUGCGGGCGAGGACGCACGCACAUUGCCUUCCCUCUCAUCGGAAAAAGAGAAACAAGGAUUUGGUCAGGAGGGCCCGCCAAAGAUGAUCAUUGAUGUCGCAGCUGCUAAUUCUAUGCCGGCCGAGCACCGCUGCCCACUCCGCGUAGCCCUUGCUGACCUGAACGGUUUCACAGAUGGAGGCUCCAAUUCUCAAUGAUCUUACCCUUUCGUUCCUGUGUGAUGUUCCCCAGGUCAUCGGAUUGAUUUACAGAUGUUUGAGAGACGUUUUCAACGCAUCCCCUUAGUGUCGUUUUUCUUCCUCAACGAGCAUGCUCAAAGACGCCGCAAUGGAAAUGGCGCAUGGGUAUGCGCUCGCCAUACAUCCUUACGAGGUUGUCACUCAGGUGCAAUUAAAGUCUCAUCGCUACAAUAUGGCCGCUGAGGGUUUUGGCUCACUCAGAGUUUUCUGUGUUCGGAUUCUGCGUUUCAAUCCCAGCUUCAGCAUUCUCAGAAGGCAGCUGAGGUUGAAGUGAUUGAUUUCCCCAUCCGUUUUUUCGUACUGUACAGGUAUCUACUUCAUAAAACAGCACCACCAAGGAGGCAGUUUUAUACAUUUUGCAUCUGGUCUUGAGAAAGAGACGGAGGUCAGCAGCCAACCGCGUACCUAGCUAGCUUUAAAGACCUGGCGCACAGUUUAAACGUCAAUCUUUGUGGUUCUUGAUAUUUUACUGCCUAAAAAAGCGAAUUUGUCCACUGUUUUUUCGGGUCCCGUUGACAGUGACGCAAGAAUCGUUUUAUAAAUUGUCGAAUGACGAAUGGUGCAUUACCACUGUUUGUUCGUUAUUGACGAUCAGCCAAGAGGCAAAUAAAUCGAUGAUCCUGCAUAUAUUCGACUCUAUCGCGGUUUCGGGAGCGUAAUCAUCCGCGAAGGGCAGGUCUUAGACAACAGACAUCGAUAGACGCAUUGGGAUACUUCAUUCAUCCGGCAUUGAGAAGCUGGUCGUUGGUCUUGUAGACGAUGUUGAUCCCAGGAAGCCUAUCACUGUAGGCGUCCAUGCGCAUAACAGUGAACAUGAAACUGAAUAGGGUGAGAGUGGGUGUUCAGUUCUGCUUCACUCCACAGCUAACUGCGAAUUCUUCUAAGACUGUAACAUUGUCCGUAACUCUCGCAUUCAGCCCGUCGUGAAGCUUACGUACCGUGUGCAUGAAUCGCAUCGGUAGUUUUGCGAGCUUAAGAUUAAGCAAAAUUACGGCCUAGCUCAUGAGAGGGCUAAACGUAAGCUAAGCAGCCAAGUAUGCUGGAAUCUACGACAGUUUUAUCCGGUUGGCUUUGGAAUAGGAUAUACCAUACAUACUAUUUCACACUAAGCUUAAUCUAAAUAACGUCACAUAGUACACAACUGUACAUGAACCUCUCCAGAUCUGUUCAAAACUGUACAACUUUUUGAGGAUGGAUAGUUCUAUUUCAAAUCACCUUAUGCUACUAUGGGAUGCAUAUUUGCGACGUGGGUAAGAGGUAGUAGAUGCGGUUCUCACUAUCCAAAAAUGCUUGCGCCCUAGAUUCUUAGUAUAUCAAAAUGUCUCACUUAAGUUAUUUGAGUCAUUAGAUAAACAAAAAACAUAUAUUCAGGAUGAGGGAAUGCAUGUAUAGCUGGGAUUCCAUCCGCCUUCAGCGCUUUCAGUUAGUAACAUUUUCGCGUGUAAUAUUCUUGGCUGACAUGCUUUUCUACGUGCAGGGUCAGUCCCACAGUUAACUUGAGUUUCGGUAUUCAUGCACAGUUUACUGGCAAUAAGCCGUAAAAGUUGGCUGUAUGUAAAUAUUAGAGUAUUCUCACACGUUGGGUGUAAUCCUGCUGUCUAAACACCUCCAGCCCUCACACUCUUCGGCCCAGUUUUAUUUCUGCCCCUUUCAUUACUGCUAUCGCGUCGUGCGCAAAUAUUUGUUGACGACUUAUUUUCGCUCGUUUUCAAUCACAAAUCAUGAGAAUGCUGACAAAUAAGUCAUGCAAAUAUUUGGGCAACAGAAUAAGAACAAACUUUUCAGACCACAAACAAAUGACCUUGCUUUGACCUAAGUGCAGGUCGUGGUCCAUUCAAAAAAGCGUGGAAAAUGGUCAAUACCACGUAUGUCACGACUGUUUGUGGGAUUGUCAAAAUCGUUGAGGUCUUUACCUCACUCAUAGCGUUGAUAUGCUCCUCCAUCCAUGGGCCGUUUGGAUUUCCUGGAUAUUUGAUUUUCGUCGCUGUAUCUUCCCUUUUGGUUGAAGCAGUAUUGUUCGGAAUUUACCUUUUUCAGUUAAAUGAAAAACUCCAAGCCCCUUGGUUCUUUAUCGUAAGUCUUUCAAAUCAUUUAUGUAAAAGAGGAAGUCUUGAGGGUUAAUGUUCAUGGUCUUGUGGAAUUCGCGGACGGACAACGAAUCUAUUUUGUUGCAAUUUAUAUUAGUAUAAAAGUGUAAACAUUCACUUGCUAUAACAAACUAUAGCUUAAGAGAGCAAACCAAAACAACUUUCAGUCGUCCAAAUUGAAAUUUGCGCGCUCCUCAAUAGAUAAAGCGUGUUUUAGCAUAUUUUUAUAGGAACUACACAUUGAGGUGUGUAUCAAACCAAUCAAGGAAUUCUGACCUGAUGCUGCCCCUCAGAAAAUCAUAUUUCGGGAUCUCAUGAUGUCCACACGUCCAUUUAAUGUCUCCUUAACGAAUAUGGCUUUUUCGACAACGAAGGCUUGUUAUAAGUUUUUAAAUAACACUUGCAGCUCCGACCCGCAACUGUUAAGAAGUAGAUGUUGGGUUAAUUAACGAAAACGACCAAAUCGUAAUAGCAAAAUUUUUAAAAUAACAAUCAACUGAAUCUCUUGAAUGACUUUAACUCAACACAGAUUUAAAAUAGAGUAUAAUAAGACUUGGAAUUAAGGAGUGACUGAUGCUAUUCUUUCCUGAUUAUAUCUAACGAGUUACGUCGUCUUAGUGAACAUGGUCGCCAGCGUGCUUUCUUGCAACAGGCACUUUACAUGCAUCCUAAGUGUUAUCGCGCAUAUUUGGCCUCGGGAUAAUAUCACAAAGACUAUAACUGAUUUGGUUUUUAUGUAAUCAUGGUCAAAAAUAAAAAUAAGACAAAAACGAAAACUCCAAAUAACAUUCCCAACGCAUGAUCCAUAAAUUUCCCCACAAAAUCCUUUUCCGCGUUGCGGAACAUCGGUUGCUUUUUCCAAGUUCGUUAGUUUAGUGUCCAGGUCUGCUGCGCUAAAUUUUUCUGAAAAGAAAUCACUUUUGUUUGUCUCUCUAAACAGUUCAUACCUGACAGUAUGAUGUUGCUCUUGUUGGACAUCAUAUUAUUUAGAAUAUCACUAUAAAUAACAGCUCAGGAGACUGAUAAAGGCUGAAUAGAUCUACAAAUAUCAUAGUUUUUCCUUCAGCAAUAUAAGGUUUUAUCCUUCGAUGCUACCCAUUAACUAUAGCGGGGAACUAUAAAAUCCUGAGAACUCAGUCCUUUUUUGAGGCAUGCAAGACAACCUCGCCAUGUGAUUUUACAAUAAACGCGAUAUUUUCGCUUAUGGCCAUUAAUAAAAUGUUAUCCUUGGAAUUGCCUAAUUUAUCAUUUUGAUUUCGACAAAACGUUGUGAUGGUUAGAGGGGCCAGAAAAUGUUUUUACUUGGAUUAGUAAUUGUUUGACGUCCUGCUUACUACCCAGCUUGCGAAGUUUUCGACAGUUGUUUGCUUUGCUACAGAUAUAAUCUUUUUAGUUCUGUAUCACAACUGUGAGCUGUGGUCAAACUGACAUAAUUACGCGUUCUUAUUUAUUUUUGGACAGUAACGUUUUUUAGCCCAUGGCAAAUUUAGUUUUAGAUUUUUGAGACGCGCAAACUAUCCUUACUAUCUAGUGUACGACUUAUAAGUCUCACUAACCGAAUGAAGUAGUUAGUACGGCAUAUUUAUUUAGGAGAGAACUGAUUUUUAAAAUGUUACAGCCGUAAAUUUGUUUAAUUAUUGACUUAUGCGUGGUAGACCAUCACAACUCGCAAACUAAUCAGUGAUUUCUGUCAUAAAUUAUUUCAUUGUUACAGACCAAGUCAACCUCAGUUUGCUGUCCCUUUUUAAAUUCAAUCGAUGUAUAUCUUUUUUGGCACGGUUCAUUUAUUUUGUGUCGUUUUCUCUUUUAUAACCUUCGUGCUACGACCCUAUUCUUACAGCCAACCGACAGCGGAGUUCAUACUUCAAGAGCCAUCUCAGCGAAAUUCAUAUAUCGGAAAGAUUUUUCUGCUCCUUUUUUCUUUAGGACCUCACUAUUUCGGGCAUACUUGGAGCGCUGAACAUCAUUGCCUUCAGCGUUUCUGCGGUCUUUGGAAUUGUAGCGGCUUUUGGUGCAGCUGCGGUAACGUACCAAGUUUAUUUUUGCGUAAUAUGCUGUCAUUAGAAGUGAAAAAAAGCAGAUAUUCUCCUUUCGUUUCUUAGUGUUCAAGUGAAAUUUCACUCGGUCUUGCGAAAUGUUGGCCAAAAUUCUGAACUGCGAUUCCGAUUAAGUGGGCUUACUUAAGCGGGAUUAUAAUAAUUAAUUGUCACAUGGCAUAAUCCCAUAACAUUCCGGGCUUUCAAGAAUUUUGAUUUUUGGAUGCACUUCUUUGUCAUCUCCUGUAGAAAAUGCACUCGGUAAAAGAAUAAAUGCUUGACUAGUAUGCAUUUUUCACAUUGAUUUUUGGUGGCUUUAUAAAUUCGAAUAUAUUUUAGCAAAAAUAUACACACAUAGUAUGUUUUUGUUACGCAUUUCGCAGAAGAUCACGUCGGCUUUACAUCUUACCCUCGAAAAAGACGUACUUAGGUCUUAUAAAAGCUUUCCAAUUCCCAAAUAAUUUUGUGACAGAUCAGCCGUUACACCAGCGUUUAGCGAUUUCAGUCUACAAAAAGCAUACUUUCCGCUUAAGGAAAAUCACAAAUACUGUGAAUGCGAUGAAUGCAAACUAUGUCGUAUACUUCGUGAGGAGCAUUCGUAAAAGGACAAUUAGGAUGCUGUACGCGUGGACAUUGCAAGUGGAAACUUUUAACACCAAAAAGCACCAUUUCUUCGGAUAAAAAAUUUGAACACAACGUUUUUUGAAACCAAAUGCCUAAACAAAAGCACAUUUUGUACCUGCUUUUUAUAAAAUAUAUUCGAAUUUAAAAGCCAUCAAAAAUCAAUGCGAAAAAUGCAUGCUAGAUAAGUAUUCAGCUUUUACCAAGUUCAGUUUCUACAGGAGGUUACAAAAAUGCAUUCAAAAGCCAACAUUCUGACGAAUCUAAAAUGUUAUGGAAUUAUGUCGCGUGACAAUCAAUAUUACAACCCCACCUAAGUAACCCCUUCUAAUCGGAAAGGCAUUUCAGAAUUUCGGCUAACAUUUCUUGAGGUCGGUUACUCACUGUACAUUAUGUGGUGCAUCUCUUAAAGUGUUCACCGACGUUUUGAAAUGUAUUUAUCAUUAAAAAGGCUCUAAUACCGACUAUCUUGCGGCAUAGUUUAAGUAUAUUUUAGUCCCCCGGAUGCUGUCUUUUAAAUGCACUUCCUUUUGGCCGUGCACAAAACUUACGUUUUGCAAACAGUGUUGACUUAAUUGGAAUGGUUUUUUCCCUGACACAGCAGAGCGGAGGGGCGACAAAAUGCGUGCAUAUUGACACAGUACUGUUUCGGACUUAUUCUAUCUUCAUUCAUACAAUCAUAGUCCUAAUUACCCGAAAAACAAACAUGCUUUUGUCCCUCCCCUCUGCUAUUAUUAAUUGGUCAGCUUCGGAGGAGGGGUAUCUUCCGAUUCAAAGGGUUUUCUGAAUCCCAUGUAACUUUUUACUCAACUUGCCGCUACACUUGCGUUUAGGGCCUCCAUACCAUAACCUGUCUAUUUCCCAUGUGAGGAAUAUCAUACUUUCCACUGUGUAGUUAGGGAAGUAUCGCAAAUGACUGAUAAAUUUUACAAUGAAUAUGGCAAACACACAGAUACGCUGCUAUUCAAAUGGAUAUUUUACGCUCUCAAAACCGCUCUUAGUUACGAACUUUUUGAACUGAAAGUUGCUGUUUCUUCGAGUAAAAAAUGCAAAGCGUAAUUCAUUACGAAGUGUGUAGAAGGAAGAAUAUGUUCGUGCAUAUUUUCUAUAAAAUAUGUGUAAAUUUUUAAGAGCAUCAAAAUCAAUAGAAAACGUUCGUAAUAAAUAAUCCUAGCAGAAUUUACUAUUCAGAUUUUUGGCAAACAUUUCAUGCUUUUAGAUCUCUGUUGACUGUAGUCCUCCAUUUUGAUCUUGACUCCAACAACGACUGCUGUCGCCUGGAGCAGCCAAUUGGGGUGCGGUAUAAAAUGAAUCCUCUAUUUUAGUGUCUGCUAUCCGAGAUUUUAACUUCCAGUUAUGGAAAACAGAAGUAUAGAAAAUGUAAAACUGCACGAAUUUUCUUGUUUUUGAUCUUUCAUGUGGCAGGGCUGACACGGUACAAGUAUCCGGUCGUAACCGUUUUAGAAAUAGAAAAAACGCACUUUUACGUAACUGGAGCAGGCAAGCAGGGCAGGAUUGAAUGGUGCCACAAACUGGCACAGUGGCUAGUCAAGGAAUUAGAGGCAGUCCGACGACGGUUUUCCACUUACACGCUAAAGAAAACAGUUUUUAUUUUAUUGAAAAAAUCAGAAAUCAAAACAUUUCGGGCAAAUACAUGAUGUUUCUGGAUGUAGAAUCACUCUUCACUAAGGUACCACUGGAUGAAACAAUAGACAUAAUGUGAACCCAUGCAUUUACAACUCGUCUGCCACCUGAAACACUACGAGACGCAUUAAAAUUGUGCACAAUGAACGUUCAAUUUUUUUAACAGCCAGUUAUAUAGACAAAUUGACGGAGUGUCAAUGGAGAGUCCCCUCGGUCCGACAUUCGCUAACAUCUUUAUGGGUAAUCUAGAAGAAAAGGUGUCUGAGAAAUUGAACAUGCUGCCACUCUACAAAAGAUACGUGGAUAAUGUUUUCGCUAUUGUUUAAGGCAUUAAGGAGGCUAAAGAAUUGCUUUCCAUCAUAAAUAAGCUACACCCAAGUAUCCAACUUACACCAGAGAAAUAACGAGACAAUCAACAAUCUUUCCUGGACGUUCUUAUGCUUUGACAGGAAGAUGGUUAUAUAAGACAUUCGGCUUUCCACAGGAAUACUUGGAAGGUGUAUUCCUUGCAUUUUUUGAGUUUUGUACCCAGAAAAUGGAAGUGGAACUUGGUAUACACUCUUUUCCAAAGGCCUAGGAACAUUUGCCCCAAUGACACACUGGAUACAGAACUUUUACCCCUCAGAGAUGCUCUUCUUAAACGUGGAUAUUCUGCACGUGUCAUCCGAAAGUACAGCAACUCUACACGGUCAAAACCGACAGAACACACACACACAAACGGUUGCAGUGUUGGGCUCGUGAAGAUUCGUGCAGCCCGAUUAACGCGUGCUGUGAGCAAGUCAGAGCAUCUGCAGCGCCAUCCUUUUGGAGGGCGAGAGGGCAUAACUUUAUUGUGCUGUUAUUUUGAGCGCUUCUGGUUUGCCAAGAGUAUUUUAAUUUGGGAAGCCUUAGGGCGUUUCGUCGUGACGACAUAAAAAACACGAGUGUCUACAGGCGACCUGUAUGCCCCUCAAAAAAGUAGAAAAUACAUGAAAAAUAACGAUAGUCCUCAUGCUGAGAAAGCACAAAUUUUCUACGAAAUGGAUACAGAAAAUGCACUCCUUCGAGAAAUAAUAGAAAAGCCAUAUAAACAGCAAUUUGGGCCAUGGAGAAUUGUAAUGACCGACUGGGAAAGUUCUGAACUGAAAGCCAGCAUUCCACAGUGAGUGGAAUGACUUGAGUCUGACCUUUACUUUUAGGGAGUUAGGCUUUAUUUGUUUGACUUACAUGUGUGCCGGUCAUACACUUUCAUUCCAGUCUCUCUUGAUUUUUCAUUACUGCUUCCGUAUCUAGGAUCUAAUACUAUGGUUCAUGCGUUUCUGCGCCUACCGCUUGUUAAUUUAGAAGGUCUAACUGACCGACGUUUUUCCUUUCUUCUAUCUCGCCGGCAGUUCUUCUUUGCUGUGAUGCUCAUAGCUCUACUGGUCGACGCUUUCUUCCUCUAUCGUGCCUACCGCGGCACCACUAGCCAGCCCAGUUUCGCUGGUCCCCCCAAGAAGGGACCCAGCUACGUCAGUGAAAACCAGCCAGUCUCCACAAGCAAUCCGCCCAACGGAAUCCCAGACUAUACAGCCGAGCAGCCGAAGGUUGACCCAUAGAGUAAGUGGAGCUCCUCAAUUUUGCCAUGCGUUUUCCCACAGUCGCGGAAGCACUAUUGCAUCAUGAUUUCAUCAGAGAGUCUCGGGUUUUAGAUUGCGCUUUUCUUUCAAGACCCUCCUUGAGACCUGCAUGCAUGCACCUUACCUGAACCGCCCGCGCAUCACCUGUAUUCACCAGUCGCCCCUCUGUGUGCAUGCCGUUUUCCAGAGUCAAGAAGUGACAUGCGGGCACUUGAAAAUGGGGUCAAGCCGGAGGAUGAUGGUAGAUGCCACUGUCUACGCACAGGCCACAAGAAGUUUGAAACCAAGCCCUUAGUGAUAGGUUGGCAAAUAAGACAACGACUCACUGACAUUUUGGACUAGACAACAACUUCACAACUAGACAUGUGCGUAAGAAGAAACUCAGACCUUGGUGAAGCACUUUCUGUUGUAAGUGGACUUUAAAUUUCAUCAUAACUUGUACGUCUGCGGUAAAAUCGCCAGUCAUUCACACUCUGAAUCUGAGAUUUAGCGGCUAAUUAUGCAUGACACACAGGCCAUCGACAACUUUAAAAUAAGCCUUUUUGGAAUGGUAAGUCAGACGUUCGUUUUCUAACCCAACGAAGUUGACAGGACAUACACGCUUUAAUAAUAAUAAGGCUCAUAUUUGGAGGAGUUGGGGACGUACUUUAGAAAGUACGAUUAGGCCAGUGAAAAACACCCAAAUCCGGUGCCAGCAAAAGUUAAAAUGAUAAGAGAGGCUGGCGACAGUUACUCAGUUAUUAGCGCCUGCGUAAACAGACACCAACUGAGCCAGGAGUAGCUACUUGAAGCUAAGAUAAGAAAAAAAACAUGGUCAAAUCCCUCCGUGAUCUGUUUUCAACCUAUGCAGUUCGAUAUCGCGUGACUGGAUGAAAGUGGCAAGAAUGACUGUUGCGACUCGCUUACCAAUGAAAUGAAUCCAACAACAGUGCACCCUUCGUCCUGCAAGACAUAACCUAUUUAUCCACCACUUGUCGCCAUCUUUACACGCGGAAGAUCCAGUAUUCACUAGCGUAUCCUAAGGGAACCAGGACAUUUUGGUCGCAAUUAGCCCGAUCGUCAUUUGCCCAAGUGGAUAUUCUACCGUAGUUUCUGUUAUCCAAUAAGGUUUUAGGAACCAAUUUUGCCUUAAAGUGCAGAGACGAAGGAAUGUGCGGGUGUCUAUCCUCACCACCCUUUCCACAGAGGUACCAGAUACGCGUCCAGACAACUGUUUCACCGAACUUUGUAGUUGCUCAACGCAACUACGAGGGCUAGGUCCCCAGUGGAUACUUCACUAAUUCAUUCGACUUCGAGUACUAUUCCACGUAUCAAUCGUAAAUUUAUUACGCCGGACUUUCGCCACGUCAACCCCACCCCAUUCUCGCAACGGCCAUAUUCCAGUGGUAGGACAAUGCCAAUGUGACCGAAGAUUGACGUAUACUCUGUGGUUGGCAAGCUUAAAUAAUAAAUAUCGACGUGUUAUACCCCUGUUGGUACCUAUUCCACGCGAACCAGACUUCAGGGAUAGGGGUCCCUGACCUCACGUAAAGAGAAUUAACGGAUAAUAGUUAAAAAUCCACAAACCUGCCGCUCAAAUGUUCUAUGACUGCGCGAAGCACAGCGGCUUCAUCCUGUUCCCCAGUAUUUUCGUUUAUCGUACCAGUUAUGCAAGAGCCUGUGUACGCGCCUUUUGAGCCGUCCUCUUUGGCAGUUAUCGUUUCAUUCUUUGCCGUGCUUUUAUGGUAGUUGAGAUGUUAAUGACUAAGCCAAUACAUCACGAAGCCGCACUGUCUGGCUUUCUUGUCAAGAGCCCAACCUUAGGUCGGAUAGGCCUGAAACCCCAAAUGACGUCCUUUUGCCACUGGACGUUUGAGUCAAACGUUCUGCAUAUUUAGCCAAGGGCUGAGAUCAUCGGGAUCAUGAUUAUUCAGUCACCUGGGAGUAGUGUUCGCCAUGCUCUCCGAGUCAUUGGACUGAAUACGAGCGAUCUUGUGUUGCUUUGGAAGACAGGUCUAUGAUUCCUACAGACGAUUCUAUGACGCCCGUAUCCUAUCCUGUAAUCAGUGUGUAACUAGGGCUUUAUAAUAUCUCAUAACAAUGUCCACGCUAUAUGCAUUUUGGUAAAUUUUAAAUAAUUCAUUUUGACCCAACUGUAAUAAAGUCGACGCCUAGGUGGGAUUCGAACCAACGAAAGCAAGGGGAGGCCUUAGUAAAGCCACGCUCUAGUCAUCGGAGCUACGAGGCCCCACCGGGAGACGAGAGUUAAACCACAUUUGGAUCAAGUUACCCGCUAAACCUGUUGCAGCGUCUGGAAUCCACCAAAUCUGAAACAGUAAGCUGACUGUCCGAGCAGGAUUUCCCCUUGCUAUUGUGGGUUCGAAUCCCACCAAGGCGCCGAGUUUUUUCACAACUGGAUCGAAAUGGAAUUUUGAAUUGUUUACUUCGUUACCUACCUUUUUCAGGAGUAUUCUUUUUUGUAUUCUUUUUGUGACGUUUACCACCAACGAAUGUGCAGUCGACGCAGUAAAACACUCACGUUACAGUUCAGAGAGAGCCAUCUGACUCACCUUUCAUCGGAGAUAUUUGUGCGAUAUUACUUAUACUGAUCUUAUCAGCCUAUCAGAAAGCCUUCUCUAGUUCGUUUUCUUUCCCAUGGAGGUUUCUACAAAGUAUUCAGAAUGGUCGGAAGUGGGGUGGGUGUCGCUCAAAGCUGGGAACGAAAGGAUGCCGUUCAAGGAAUGAAGGGUUAAAACGAGGGUUUCGGUUCUCCCUUUGGAGGCCGACGUUUGCGACUAAAGUCAGGUCUAUACGUUGUUCUGGGAUACAGGUUGAGUAAGUCUGUUUGAUAGCAUUUCAGACACUUGAACAUCCAGAAAGGGGAUUUCUCCGCCCUUUUCUUCCUCCAUUGUGAAUUGCAUUUUGGGGAAAAUUGAGUUCGAUUUCCUUUUGCAAGCCUCUUUUGCGUCUCGACGUAGGAUGACAAAGGUGUCAUCCACGUAGCGCAUCCAGGAUUUUGGCAUGUAGGACUGAAAGACCCGUGUUUCUAGUUCUUGCAGAACCGCCUCCGCUAGGUAACCGGAGAUCGGUGAUCCCAUGGGGGUUCCCUGGAUUUGCUCGUACACGUGACCAUUGAACGUGAAAUACCUGCCCAAACAGUAGUCCAGUAGCUCCAUUAUGUGCUUCCUUUUCAGAGGUCUUUCCUCUUCAUCGUAUCUCCUCUCCAGUAGGUCACUUAUGACCUUCGUGUCCAAUUCUUUAGGGAUGGAGCCAAAAAGAGAGACAACUUCGAAGGACACCAUUAUUUUGCCGGGAGAUAUUGUGACGCCUCGGAGUCUUUCCAGGAAGUGUGUUGAGGAUACAGCUGUGUGUUCUGAGCCCUCCAUCAGCUUCUUCAGAUGUUUAGAAAGCCAUUUAGCUAGAUCCUCGGUAGGUGUGUCUUUCAGUACCAUAUGUCAUCUGCUAUGAUGGAAUAUAGUCCAAUGCAACGAAUCACCCUCUAAGCCUGCACCUAGGCUGUUUACAUUCUCACCCGCUGGCAGGCCGUUCUUGGUAGUUUGGAGUGGCUAUUUUGGAUAGACGGCGAUGAGGCUUACAGCGCGCACUACUACAUUUGACAUGAACUUGCGCUAAAAGGAAGUUUUCCGGCAUCAAGAUAUUAUUCCACACUUAAUUUCGAGACCAGGGUAUACCUUUUUCAGGGAGUUUAUUAAGUAUGCCUAGUCAGUUUUAGACGGUUCAGUUUUCUUAUUUCGGAACGUAAGAAGGUUUAUGUGUCAUGCUGUACUCGACCGGCCACAUACUUUCCUCGUUGUAAACUUAAAAACUGUUUUAUCUCUGAGUAAUUUUUAUCUGAUCAUUAUUGUUUAACAAUUAUUUCGUUUAUCUUUUUAGGGCGUAUACAUUAUUGGGGCCGGUGUCAAAGGACACACGACAUUUUAUCAACACAUUAAGUGUCUCCAGCACUCUCAGGGCACGUUAAACUUGUUCUUUUAUCGUGUGCAUCUUCCCCUCAUUUACUCUUGUUUGUGA